CUUCACGGCGGCCGAGGACCGUUCACAACAAAGGCGAGAGGCAGAUUUUUAUUUAGAGUCAACAGUUUCAUCAAAUAAGCGCUAAAUUAUUCAGGGUCAGAAAGAGGAAAAACGACCGCUAUCGUCGUGCUAUUUGGGAAGCGCACAAUGUCGGCUAUCUGUGGACCCACCGGCUGAAGAGGUCUGAUAGUUCUGGAGAGCUGGGAAGCGAGAGAUGGGGAACACGGCCACCAAGUUCCGCAAAGCACUGAUCAGUGGAGAUGAGGUUUUGGGCUAUCAGCUCUACGAGGGCAGCCCUCAGUUCAAAGAAUCUCUGGACCCCAACACCUCAUAUGGGGAACCGUACCAACACAACACCCCGCUCCAUUAUGCUGCCAGACAUGCCAUGACGCGCAUACUCAGGUCCUUCCUCUUCAGCAAGGACGGGAACCCCAACAAACGUAACAUGCACAAUGAGACCACACUGCAUGUGUUAUGCAUGGGGCCAAAUAUCUUGCUAUCCGAAGGGGUGCUGCAGCCGCGACUAGCCCGUCCCUAUGAAGAUGAACGCAGACGGGCUGAGUGCCUCCAGAUGAUCCUAAAGUGGACCGGCGCCAAACUGGACCGUGGUGAAUAUGAGAGUGCUGACGUCAGUGCCACCGAUAACAAGAAAAACACACCACUACACUACGCUGCUGCCUCAGGGAUGAAGACGUGUGUGGAGUUUCUGGUGAAGCGUGGUGCAGACCUGUUUGCAGAGAAUGAAAACAAGGAGACCCCAUGUGACUGUGCAGAAAGGCAGCACCAUAAGGAGCUUGCACUCAGUCUGGAGUCUCAGAUGGUCUUCUCCAGUGACCCCCAUGCAGAGGAUAUUGAGGCAGAGUAUGCAGCCUUAGACCGCAGGGAGUUUUAUGAAGGUUUGCGAGUGCAGGACCUCAGGAGACUGAAGGACAUGUUGAUAGUUGAGACGGCAGAUAUGUUGCAAGCUCCUCUCUUCACCGCAGAGGCUCUUCUUCGGGCACAUGACUGGGACAGAGAGAAACUCCUGGAAGCUUGGAUGUCUAAUGCUGAAAACUGCUGUCAGCGCUCAGGCGUUCAGAUGCCAACUCCCCCGCCCAGAGGCUACAACACCUGGGACACCCUGCCCUCGCCCCGUACGCCUCGCACCACUCACUCAUCCAUCACCUCCCCGGACGAGAUCAGCCUGACCCCUGCUGAUGAUGAUCGCUCCUUGUGCGGCAUUUGUAUGUGUGCAGCCUCCAUGUUUGAGGAGCCUGUUGAUAUUCCAUGUGGUCAUGAGUUCUGCAGAGGAUGCUGGGAAAGUUUCCUGAAUAUGAAGAUUCAGGAGGGGGAGGCCCACAAUAUCUUUUGCCCAGCUUAUGACUGCUUCCAGCUGGUUCCUGUUGAGGUCAUUGAGAGCAUUGUGUCCAGAGAGAUGGACAAACGUUAUCUGCAGUUUGACAUCAAGGCAUUUGUGGAGAAUAAUCCUGCCAUCCGGUGGUGCCCGCGGGCUGGCUGUGAUAGAGCAGUGCGAUUGGCCGGACAGGGGCCAGGUGCCAGCACCUCUGGCCCUCUCAGUUUCCCUCGCCUCCAGGCCCCUGCGGUGGACUGUGGCAAGGGCCAUCUUUUCUGCUGGGAGUGCCAAGGAGAGGCCCAUGAACCAUGUGACUGCCAAACUUGGAAGAUGUGGCUCCAGAAAGUCACUGAUAUGAAACCAGAAGAAUUGGCAGGUGUAAGUGAAGCAUAUGAAGAUGCUGCCAACUGCCUGUGGUUACUCAGCAACGCCAAACCCUGUGCCAACUGCAAAUCUCCCAUUCAGAAGAAUGAGGGCUGUAACCACAUGCAAUGUGCCAAGUGCAAGUAUGAUUUCUGUUGGAUCUGUCUGGAAGAGUGGAAAAAGCACAGUUCCUCUACAGGAGGUUACUACCGCUGCACACGCUAUGAGGUCAUUCAGCAAGUGGAGGAGCAGUCUAAAGAGAUGACCGUUGAGGCUGAGAAGAAACACAAGAACUUCCAGGAACUGGAUCGCUUCAUGCACUAUUACACACGGUUUAAGAAUCAUGAGCACAGCUACCAGCUGGAAGACCGUCUGCUUAAAACGGCCAAAGACAAGAUGGAACAGCUUAGCAAAGUUCUGAGUGGACGAGAAGGCGGACCUCCAGAUACUACUUUCAUUGAAGAUGCAGUGCAUGAACUACUUAAGACUCGUCGUAUUCUCAAGUGCUCUUACCCUUAUGGGUUCUUUUUGGAGCCCAAAAGCACAAAAAAGGAAAUAUAUGAACUUAUGCAGACUGACUUGGAAAUGGUGACAGAAGAUCUUGCACAGAAAGUCAACCGGCCUUACCUCCGCACGCCUCGUCAUAAGAUAAUCCGCGCUGCCUGCCUGGUGCAGCAAAAGAGGCAGGAGUUUUUGGCCUCCGUGGCAAGAGGUGUGGCACCAAAUGAUUCGCCCGAAGCCCCUCGACGCAGUUUUGCUGGUGGGACAUGGGACUGGGAGUACUUGGGUUUCGCUUCUCCUGAGGCGUAUGCUGAGUUCCAGUACAGACGCAGACACAGGCAGCGCAGGAGAGGAGACAUGGCCAGCCUCCGCAGCAACACACCCGACCCUGAUGACCCAGGCCACAGCACUUUAGACGCACAAGAAAUUGGUGGUGGUCAGAGACCGGGUUUGCUCAUGCCUCGCGGUUCUCUAGAUGAGGAUGAUCCCAAUAUCCUGUUGGCCAUCCAGCUUUCUCUGCAGGAGUCUGGGCUGACUGCAGGCGGUGCUGGCAUUGAUGCUCAAGAGAUCCUCGCAAAUGAAGCAUCUCUGGGGGCCAUCGGAACAUCCCUGCCCACACGGCUGGACCCGGUGCUGUGCGGGAUAGACGUUCCCCGUGCUGCCCUGAGCAGCUCCGAGCUGUUAGAGGUGGGUGACAGCCUAAAGAAGCUCGGUAAUAUCAGUGGCCAGAAUGUCCCUCCGCGUUAUGACAAUCUCAACAAUCCUUCCUGUGAGUCCGCUGAGGGCCCCUUCCAAGCUCCUUCGGGACAUACGGAAACCUCUGAUUUCAGUUCAGACAACGCCAACCUUCUAGGCAACAUCAUGGCUUGGUUUCAUGACAUGAAUCCACAGAAUAUCAGUUUGGUUCCUUCGGCUGGUGAUUUCGGCAUUCAGUCGGCGAGAAUGACAACAGAGCCGACCGAGUGUGCCGUUCCUCAGUGGACACCGGGGGGCGAUAGAGAGGCAGAGCACGAGUUCGACUCCGCUAUCGAGCGUGAGCCCAUCAGGCCGACACAGUUAGACCUGGUAGGUCUCGAUAUGUGUCCGGUGCCUCCUGCUUCGUCCAUCAAGUUGGGCGAAACGCCGAGUGGUUUGAACCCGUGUCACUUCGACACCCCAAAAUGUGACUCAGACCCCGACCAGCCUAACAGUAGCUCCUCUGAAUGGGAGGGUCAGGAACAUCAUGUAUGAAAUACUGACUUCACUUACUAGCUAAGGCACUUUUUUGAUGAAGUAGCUGAACCCGAGGAACAAGAUUAAUCAUGACAAGAAGCUUUGUAUUGUCAGAUAUGUAGUUUGAGUACUCGCUCAGGCCUUUGUGCUUAUGAGGCACGUGUUGUUUGCUCACUAAAAAACUCGUUCCGAUCCUGGAGUGUUAAACACUUUUAAAAGAGUCAGCAAAUGAACCAGAAAGCACUAUGAAGGUGCGAAUCUACUGUAUAGUACAGGAUGGUAUUCAGCGCGAGUUCGCCUGAUUAAAAAGGUUGUAAAAGAUACUGUAGGUGCCAAAAAACACUGGCUAGCACACGCCGAGUGGACGGUGUGCUGAUCGUGCCUGCUGCUGAGGGCCUAGCCGCCCUAUCGAGUACGCUAUCCUUCCUUUAAACUAGACCUGUAGUAUUAGAGAAGUGCACAACAGCAUCACGCUCAGAAGAGCUGGGCUGAUGAUCACAGAAACUAAAAGAAGAGUAAUUCUAGUUGCAGUCGACUUUUCUUUUUCUGGUCAAACGUAAUCACUGUAAUCCGUCACCGGCUAAUUAGAAUGGAAAGUACCGGCGAGUUUAAACUUGGUUCAGAAGCGCCGCACCGGAUCUGGAAAACGUUUUGUCUUUGCAACUUCUCACAGUGCCUUUUCUGUGAAACUUCUCUUUAUUUAUAGCCGCUCUCUUGCGCUCGAAGCCAGAGUGGGGGAAGUUCCAAUACACAUCGUACUUGUACUUUCAGGUGGCGGUUAAGCAAACUGAGCUCAAUGUUUUUUAAAAGACAUUUUUAUACAUGUUGGGUUGUCCUUUAGCAUGCUUCUGGCCCCUUCUCCCGGGUUGUUUUUAAAGCAGUUAUUUAAAUGAACUUGGACACAUUUACGGAUUAAAUCGAUCUAUAUUUAAUGAGAUACUAUUCAUUGUGUGUUAAGAUGUGAUUUCCACAUGGCCACAAGGCAUUUCAUCGUGAUGGCCAGAAGCUGUUUUAGCUUCAGAUUUACAUUUCUACAUAUGGUGGAACUCACCCACAAUUAAGAUUUUUUUUACAAUUCAUUUAACUGUGGUAUUUCUCUACAGUAAAUUAUGGAAAUUAAUUUUCUAUUUAUUUAAAAUUGAAUGUCCUUAAAAUGAAUGAAGAUCAAGGUAAAGUUGGUGAUGACAAAAAAAAUGAAUGAACGGCAAUAUAUAUUUUUAUGUGUAUAUCAAACUGUAAUAACACAGUACCACUCAAUAUUUGCUUAAAACGUUUCUGCUGAAAUAAUUGUUCAAAGCCUUUUAACCAAAUGAACAGAAUGUUUUUGAUUUGCUUCAAUUUAAUUGCGAACACCUGCCCAACUUUUCAUCUGAUGAAACCGCUAAAUCAGAGCAGCACCAAGUUUUAAGCACUUCAGAAAAUUUGCACAAAAUUAGCUCACAUUUCAGCUAUAGAAUAACACGUUUUAGCUCAUAGGUUUGCCGUUAUAUUGGCGAUUUUGAGUGAGCAGGCGCUUGAUGUUUUACUGUGGGCUUGAUGUCAUAUGUGUAUUGAUUCUGACCUAAUGUCCGAAUGCAGUAUUGCACUGCAUAAACUGAAAAUGAAGGCAAACCUGUCUGUUAAGUGGUAUUUUGGUAUCAUUCCAUUCGUCAAAGUUUGGGGGAGUGCACACAUGAAUAUUUUUCUGUAUGUACAGUUUGUAUGUGUGAUCGGAAUGGGUUAAGCUCACUAAAUCACAGUAUUUCUUCAGACUAAUGUAUGCCGCCAAAGGUGGAGCUAAUGUCUGUUUAAAUGAAGCAUAUGGUAGAUCUGUCCAAAAAUGACAAAAAAAAAAUGACAGUGAAUGACAGAAGUUGUCCUGUAUGUGACAGUAUGCUGUGCAUUAAGUAAUUAUAA